AUAAUAGUACUAUAAAUUCAUGAUUGAAAUUCAUUGAAUAUAAAAACAAUUAAAAAUAUUAUAGUAUUACCAUUGAUUAUAGAGAGUAUAUUACUAUUUAUAAUCUCGGACUAAGAUCUAUCUUGGUCGGUGUUUAUAAUCAAUGGGAUUACCCUUAGGGCUUAGAUCAUAAUAUUAUUAUGCUAUCAAUGAUAAUACGAAUAUUUGAAACCAAGAAUUAAGUCUUCACUAUUCUAACAAGUUUAACCUUUCAAGUUUUAUUUUAUUUUUUUGGAUUUUAUGACAUUAUGAAACGAAAUCGAAAUGAAACCAAUGGAUUUGAAAUGUGGGGUGGCUACAUGGAAGCCAAAAAGACCAAACUUGAAAAACAAUUCUCUGAAAAAGCUGCUGGUGAUAGUAACCAUGUGAAAAGUCAAAUUUUUAAAGGCAUUUCGAUCUUUGUCAAUGGUUAUACUUUGCCUUCAGCCGAUGAACUGAAACAUAUAAUGAUGGAGAAUGGAGGAAUUUACCAUCAUUACCACAGACCUAAUAUUACUACACAUAUAAUAGCAAGCAAUUUACCCACUGCUAAAUUAAAACUACUCAAACAGUUCAAAAUUGUAAAACCUGAAUGGAUAUCUGAUAGUCUUAAAGAUGGAAAACUUUUAAACUACGAAAAUUAUCUACUUUUUAUUGAUAAACCCAAUCAGCCAAAGAUUGAUUUUCCAGUCCGUGCCAAAAAUGCUUCAGAACCAACAUUUUUAUCAGAAUUUUAUAACAAUUCCAGAUUGCACCUAAUAUCAACCAUGGCAACAACGUUCAAACAUUUAGUAAAUGAUACACGAAAACAGAAUCAAACAGAUUAUCCAGGGCGUCAACGAUUGAAGAAUUGGAUUGAACAAAAUAGAAUUAAAGAUAUGUUAUCGCAUGACUUUGAGCUUGACAAUGGCAAAAUAAUCAUGCACAUUGAUAUGGAUUGUUUUUUUGUGUCUGCUGGCUUGGUUGAAAAACCUGAGCUUAGAGGGCUGCCUGUAGCUGUUACACAUGCUAAAGGAAACUUGUCUAAGCAAAGAGAAGGGGUAGAUCGUGGAACAGAGUUUGAUUUGUAUGUUAAACGCUGGAGAGGUGAUGAUAAUGAAAAUGACGAAGAAGAAGAAGUUCAUGAAGUUAAACCUCGAUCAACUAAAAGAGAUGGCAUUAAUGAAACAGAUUCAAUGGCAGAAAUUGCUUGUUGUAGUUAUGAAGCUAGAAAAGUCGGUAUUAAAAACGGAAUGCUGGUUGGUCAAGCAUUAAAGAUGUGUCCAACUCUAAAAUUAAUACCAUAUAAUUUUGAACAAUAUAAAAAAGUAGCUCAUACUUUAUACACUCACAUCCUGAAUGAAUAUACAUUAGAUGUGGAAGCUGUUAGUUGUGAUGAAUUGUAUUUAGAUUGUUCACAUAUUUUGGAAACAACAAAAGCGUCACCUUUUGAAUUAGCUACGUUUCUACGAAAAGAAAUAAAAGAAAAAACUCAGUGUCCAUGUUCUACUGGUAUUGGCUCAAAUUGUCUGCUCGCCAGAUUAGCUACUAAGAAAGCCAAACCAGACGGUCAAUUUUAUUUGGAACCUGGUAUUGUUAUGGAUUUUAUGAAAAACAUAGAUAUAUCUGAUGUUCCAGGUGUCGGAAGGACUCUGGGAUAUAAAUUGUCAACACUUGGUAUCAGUACAUGCGGUGAACUAAGUGCAUUGUCACUACAAACACUUCAAAGUGAAUUUGGAAACAAGACUGGACUUUCAUUGUAUAAGCAUUGCCGAGGAGAAGAUGAUCGAAAACUUAACUAUGACUAUAAACCAAAGUCAGUAUCUGCUGAUGUUAAUUAUGGUAUCAGAUUUCAAAAUAAAGAAGAGUCAGAAAAUUUUGUGAGACAAUUAUGUAGUGAGAUUGAAAAACGACUUGAUGAUAUAGAAAUGAAUGGCAAAACAGUUACCUUAAAAUUAAUGAUUCGAAAUUCAGAAGCACCAAAAGAAUCAGCAAAAUUUUUAGGGCAUGGAUUUUGCGACAAUAUUACUAAAUCAAGUUCUUUAACUAAAUCAACAUCAAAUUCUAAAAUAAUUUUCCAAGUUGUCAAUAAAAUAAUGAAUCAGUUAGAUAUUGAUCCAACUGAAUUGCGUGGAAUAGGAAUACAGAUGAAUAAAUUAGAAAGUCGCAUAGUAACAGGGCCUGGACGUAUAGAAAACUUUAUCUCCAACAUGAAAUCUGAACCUAAAAUAAAUAUUUCACUUAAUGAAAAAAUAAUAUCAAAAAAAGUAUCCAAUCAUAAAAGUCACCAGAAUUCUACGGAAAAUUUAAAUAAACCAAAGUCUGUUAUGGAUUUUUUUAAGCCUAAAGAUUUGAAUUCUAAAAAACAACUCAAGACUUCAAACUCCAAAUCCAUUAUUCCACAUAAGUCACUUGUUAAUAUAAAAAUGUCGCAAGUAGAUCCAUCAUUUCUAGACGCAUUGCCUGCAGAUUUACGUUUAGAGAUUGAAAAUGAAUUGAAAUCUUAUGAAAAUCAAAAUUCUCUAUUAAUCGAAAAUGAAAAUUCAUCCACAAUGGAAGUCACAAUGACAGAAGAAAGCUCAAAGUUAUAUCAGCAUGUGCAGAUAGAUCAAAUGAAAGAAUUUAUUGAGGAAUGGGUGGUCACUGAGAAUGAACCAAAAAUGUGUGAUAAUAUAAUGGUUUCAAAAUACUUAUGUAAUUUAAUAAGUGAUGCCAAGACCGAAGAUGCUUAUGAAAUCAUAAGAAAACUUUACAGAUUAAUCAAAAAUAAGGAUGAUUUGGCUUGGAAACAAAGUUACUUUGAUAUAUUGAAAAAUGUUCAAGAAACAAUGUUGAAUUUGUAUAACGCUAAAAUGAAAGUUGAAACUACAUUUAAAUAAUUCUAUUUUAUAUAUAAUUUUGAUCCUCCGUGAAAAAUAAUGUAUGGCCAAAACCUAUAAUUAUAAUUAUAUCAAUUGUAUACUACACUUAAUGUAACAAUAAUACAUUUAUUUUGUCAGUUACAUAACUAGUCCAGGACUACAAUUGCAUGGUUUUUUAGUGAUGGUGACAUAACAUUCAUGAUAAUAAGUACAAAAUUGAGCUUUUUGAAAAAAUAUAUGAAAAUUCAUCUAUUAAAAAAGUAUACUGACUUAUUGAAAAAUAUCAAAUUUAUUUUAAGUUAAAUUAAUUAAUAAUUUGACCCACUUAAAAUAAAUUAUAGGUUAUUUACA